GUAUCAUUUCGGAUUAGCUGGCUGCUGUUUGGCUUGUUCCCGACAAAACGCCUCGAUCUUGAAUCUGUAUAAGCCGUGUCGCCGGACCUUCUCCCUUGCUUCGUUCAACAGUGCAUGUAUCGUUCACCUCGCAUGCAAAUCAUGCCCUUCUUCAUGCAACGUGAUGCUUAACAGCGAAGCCUGCAGCUUCUUCCGUCGAACACAGCAACGUAACAACGGCGUUGGGCUUGUCAUUUCCUGAUGGAUACGAAACCCCAGGAGACUGAGCUCGCUUCGGCGCUGCUACAGUGGGUGAAUUCAUUCGACAUUCCAAACAAGGUUCAAACAUGGCAGGAUCUGGAGGACGGUGAAAUCUUGUGGAGGAUACUUCACGAAAUAGAUCCAGAGUAUUUCCAUGGCUCUCUUCCCGAGAUCGAUCGGAAGCAAAAGGACUCAACCGACAACUGGAUCCCACGAUGGCAGAAUCUCAAGCACAUCGACCGACUGAUCGCAACAUACAUUCGCGACGAAUGCGACUCCCUACACUACCUUAGCAAAGUGCUUAACCCAGACCUUAAAGCCGUCGCUACAGAUGGUUCUCCAGAAAAUGUUAUCAAGCUGGUCAAGGCCGUGCUCCUGGUGGGCAUGUACUCAGAGAAGUCGGACCAGCGCUCUCUUAUCGUUGAAAAAGUCGGGCUGAAGGGCGCGUCAGCAAUUGCAGAAGCCAUACAAGAGAUGGAGGAUCUGGAUGAGAAGAUGAGGGAGAUGGAGGGCGGUACUGGGGCGGAGACAGAGACAUCGACGUCUGAAGUGGAUCAUUAUGAGGCAGAGGAGGCAGGGGAGAGGCCGCGGACGUCAUAUGAGCGGGAUCCCGAAUUGGAGCGAGAGGAAAAGCUGAUACAAGCCCUGCAAGAGAAGCGCAAGCUAGAAGAGAAACUGGCUUAUCUGGAAGAUGAUCUCAGGGAGUCGGAGGAGAAGCGGAGAGCCCUUGAGGACGAACUUCAGGAGUCCAAAUUUGGCCUGGACCGUAGGCGGCGGACAACUAUGGAUGAGGAGAGCCUUCAAGCGCUGAAUAUACAAGCUGAUCGGGACAGAGAUUACAUUGCUAAAUUAGAAACUGACCUUGCUGAGGCGAACACCACAAUGGAAAACCAGCAGCGACAACUUGAGCGUCUCAGACUUGACGCGCAGAGCAAACAAGAGCUACGCGAUGAGCUCCAGGUUACCAAAGCCGAACGAGACGAAUUACGGCAGAAAGCUAAAGCAAAUGAAAACCUCAAAAAGAAAAUUCAAGCUCUCCAAGAACAAGAACGAAACAAUGCCAAUAUGCGACGGGAUAUGGCGGGGCUGCAAGAACAGCUCGCGGAGAUGGACCGUUUGCGGGAGCGUUGUGCUGCGCUUGAAAAGGCUAAUGAGGAAAAUGCAAAAACCAUAGCGAACGGUGAACAGGAGAUUUUUGACCAAAAAACCGCCAAAGAGCAGCUCAAAUACGAACUUAAGGUGCUGGGACAGAGAUUUGAGCAAACACGCGAAAUGCUUGCCACCGCACAGGAAACUAUUCGCGAGCUCGAGGACAAGGGUCGAGAGGUCAAUGGAGAUGGAGAUGACACAGGGGAUCUGGACUUGGACGCAGAGUUGAACGCUGAACCUGGGUCAGCGGCAGCCGCCGCCGCCGCAAGUCUAGCCGCUGAAAAGGCCGCGAAACGACGUAGCUUAGCACCCGUGCAGAGCGCGGACAACAUCGUUUUGCAACAGAACCUUUCGAUAGCAACUGCUAGCAUUGCUAGAUUGGAGCAAAAGUGCCUUGAUCUUCUACAGGAGAACCUCGGUUUGAAAGCCGUGCUUGAAGAUGGAGACGGGAAGUCCGAACAUCCAUUUGAGCACCAGACGAAGAGACUAGAGAGCUUAGAAAAAGAGAUGGACGAUGUGCUUGCGAAAUAUACGGCUGCCGUAUCAGAGGCUGCGGAUCUGAGACGAUUACUGGAAAUGAGCGAGUCGCAAGCAUAUGGCGAACGUCAAACCAGCACCGAUGCGGCCAUAGCCCAGAACAGGGAUAGGCAGAAAUACAUCGAGGAACUGCAAACUCAAUUACGAGAGCACAGAUCUCUUCUUCGCCACGCGUUGUUGAGUGCGGAAUCUCUUGUCAAGCAACCAGAGGAAUUGCGGAAGGCAGAAGAAUAUAGGAUCAUUCGGCAGCAGCUUGAGGCCGUGCGAGCUGCACCGGCCGCUGGAGCGGAGAAGGUGGUCGAAGACUCUGCGCUCAGUCUAACAGAUAGGAUAGAAUCCACACGCGAUCUUGUCGCACAGAAGGAGAAGAUAAUCAAGGAGAACGAGGGAAAACUGAAGUCCUUGACUUCUGACCUCGAGAAAGCGCGGAAAGCAGCCGCCACAGCUCCAUCAAGUGAACUUGCCAAAGAAACUAAGGAAGAACUUGAGAUUCUGAGGCGGGAGAAUAAGCUGAUGGCUAGCGCUUGGUAUGACCUCACGAGUAGGCUGCAGAGUAACACCGUUAUGCUCGCACGGAGACAAGAACCUCCUAGAAGUUGGCUGGGAAGACAGAGGAUUGCGGUCGGUGGAGGUGCCAGGAAGUGAUGGAUGUGAAUAGGGAGUCUGAGUCCAGUUGGUUUCACCGGCGCAUAUCUAUCGCCAUCGUUUUGAAAGUGGGGGUGAAGAUCCCUAAUUUUGGAGUUCUACGAGGUUCAAGACAGGGAAGGAGAGAUUAUACCCCAUGUGCUUGCAUAGUUUACUUGCAUCUCUACGCAUCUACUUUGCUAGAGUGGUAAUUCCAGGAGCGAGGAUGCUGCGUUGCUGUCAACCAAUCAAUUUCUAUUCAAUCUUCAAA